ACGCCCUAGUGGGUAUUUCGUAUGUAGCAGUCGAAGAAGGAGGAGGAGAAGGAGGAGGACACUUUACGGGCCGCGUGCAGCAGUGACGACGUGCGUCGAACGUGGGCGAAUGUUGAGCUUCCUCAGCGUACGGAGAAGAUGCGCGUGUCAGGAGACCGCGGGGAAAUGAAUAACGACGAGUCGGCAGGAACGCGGGUCAUGAAUCGUGCAAAAUGAAGAGAACGUGUAACGCCGCAGUGGAGGCUCGGACAACGGACAGCCUCGAAGCCACCAGACGUUUGCACAGGAGUGUGACUGAGAUCGCUAAGAGAUUGGAUGAACAAAAAAAUCGUGCUCUGACAAUAUGCGAUAUAUUUAUCCCAUCUGUGGAGGUUCUACGUAUGAAGCUUAAAGAUUAUUGUGAGAGGUUGAUACUGAAAGAUCCUGUUGGAAAUGCGCGAAAAACAGAGGAGUUGCUAUGGAGGAAGGCGUUCUAUGAUGUUGUUUAUGCAGCUAAAAAGUUGCGCAAGGGUAACCAGUGGAAUGAAUCAGAGAAAGCAUUGCUGUCGGUGCAUUUGGCAGUGGGUUUAGGAUAUUACCAUCAUCUGAUAUUGAGCCUACAAUCUGAAUAUGAUUUAGAUCUUGUUGGUAUCAUUGAUUUUGCUUUCACACACUUUGAAACCACUUCGUCAUACGUAAGUAUGACCCCCUAUGCAAGAUUUAAAAUGGUGCAAGCUAAACCAACACACUCUAAAGAAGUGAAACAGUGUGUCAUGCGUUUGAUCCAUCGAAGUCUGGUGUGCCUUGGAGACCUGACCAGGUACAAAUUAGAAUUAGAUUCAGACUGGGAUCCAAUGAUAGCGAACAGAUAUUACAAAAUGGCUAUAGCCAUCGACCCAAACAUUGGAAUGCCUCAUAAUCAACUUGGUACUAUCGCGGGCGGCAAAAACUACGGUCUGGAUGCAGUUUAUCAUUAUAUGAGAUGCGCCUUAUGUCCCGAGCCAUUUGAAGGAGUGGAAGGAAAUUUGAAGAGGUCUAUAAUCAUCAACUCCACCUGUACAGACGAGAAUAAUUCAGUCCAUCAUUGUGUAUCGCGAUUAUUUUCUCUGUUACAUUUAUGGGAGUACGAUAAUCCAAAUUCGGACAAAAUAAAUCAGGAAUGUCAGGAUCUCUUGACUGACCUCGAGAAUUGUUUGACUAUGGAACAACUUACAGAGACGAAUAACGCGAGUUCUCUUGAAAACGCGGAUAGUAUAGAAACAUAUCUACAAAAUUGCAAAAGCAGACCAACGCUAUAUUUAACGGACGACAUGGUAUUUAAGAUUGUGACAAUAUGCUUAAUGUCAAUUUCUAGAUUAAAGAACAGAGAAUCUAGCGAAGUGCAGGGUGUCGUUGCUAUCACUCUAGCAAUAUUGUCGCAAUUGCUACAAUUUACACUAACGAAACUACAAGAAUUGGUCGUAGAAGUAGUAGUACCGGAUGUUGAGGCGAACGUGAACGCAAAUUCUUACUCCUCGAAGCUCAAGAACGCGCAAAAAAAUGAGAUGCCACGUAAUAAGAAGGAAAACAACGGAGAUCACGUGCCGGGAGAGAAUUCCGCCUCUAACCAAGACAAUAAUAUAUCGAAUUUAAAGCAGGACGACCAAUCACAGGUAAUCGAAGAAACAAAACCGUCAGACAACGGAGUUGCAAACAACGAAGUGCCCAAGAAAACUCGCGAGAAAUCUAAAAAUCUUUUGAGCAAGCUACGUAGGCGAAAGAGACGAACAAAUUCCGAUUCAGACGCGAGUGAUACGGAACAGCCAGUGUUGGUGUCAUCCAGCGACGAGAUGCACUCUGAAACCGAGGAGGAAGAUGCGCCGAGCGAGGAGAACGAUGCUCUGUCGGAAGAUGCUCUUUCGGACGACAAUACGGACGACGAGGAAUUGUCUUCGCCAUUACGUGGUAAAGAGCAGAUCGACGGGAACGCGAUGAAGGAGGAGAUAAACGGUCAUAUGGACGUUGCCGACCCUAAAACGGAGAACAACGUCGACAAAAAUGACAAUGAUCAGCUGGUCAACGGCGAGCAACAUGUGACGGACGAGCAGGCGAAUGCGAAAUCUAUCAAUGAUCAGGAUUCUGUGACGAAUUCAGCCGGCAGCGCCGUAACCAUCACGACGAACGCUGACUCGACCAGCAGUGCUCUCGAGGAAAGCAAUAACAGUAGUUUAAAAAACACUGCUGCUUGCGUGGCGCAGUCAAAAAAGCAGACCUUGAAGCCGGACGAUAUUCUAAGCCUGUUGGUCGGCAAAGAGAUCCUCGCGUCCAUCAAGGUAUGUUUUGAUUGGUUACGAAGCAAUCCCGACAUCGUGAGGAUCUGUGCCAAGAGCUCGCGAAUGUUGCUGAAACGCGUGACGAUCCUGCUCAAUUUGAUCAACGUGGACGGCGAGGCGUUCGUGUGCAAGAACGAAGAUUCUGCGAUUCUGUCGAGCGCGGAGAGGUUGCAGGAGUGUGUGAAAACGUUGCCGCUGCCGGAGGAUAACGAUCUCAAGGGUUUGACUCUCCUGGAAGAGUCACAUCGUUCCCUCGACUGGCGCAUUCUGCAUAAACACAAGAUGAGCAAGAGAGAGGAGACGUUGCUGAGGAUGUUGAAGAUGGUCGAGUUCGGACGUCAUCUCAACGCUGUCGAGAAUUCGGGCGUGCGGUACGAUCCCGUCGAGCGACUGUUCGUUGCGAACGACUACAGUCCGUCGAACGCUCCGAAGCCAAUGGGCUUGGACGAGAAGAACUUCAGCAUGGAACAUCCAAGGGGCAAGCUUAUGAGGCAUAUGGGUAAGCUCUGGCUGAAGGCGGAAGUGCGCGCUUUGGAAAGCCGCCUACACUUCCGAUUGAUGUCACCGUAUCUUGUACCUGACCACGAAGCUUUGGCCAAGUAUACGCCGACCCUUAAGCGCCUGGUGUACGCCAAGAAAUUCGUAGUGGUAAUUCCUGCAGUAGUUGUCUCCGCGUUGGACGAGGUGAAACGUAUCAGCGGCCAAGCAAGAGAGGCAACACGAUGGCUGGAGAGUCAAUUGAGACGUGGCUCAAGAUUCUUACGGGCGCAGAGACCUCACGAGCGUCUGGCGCUGCCACUGAUCAAAGGACCAAAACCAAAAGACAAGGAGGCCUGGUUGUUCUUUCAGAUCAUAGAAUGUUGCCAUUAUCUCACUCAGCAGGCGAAGGUCGGCUUUACCGGCGACGGGGAGGCACCAGUUGUAACUCUCUUGACCGGAUGUAAUCCGGACGAGAGGAAGGCUUUGACUUUUAGUCCUGAUGGAUUAGCAAAAAGCGCGGGUGUUAAUCUCGAGCAUAUUGAAUCGUUUCAAACCAAGUGGAAGUCGUCGAGCAAGAGCCACGGUUGAGCGAGGUACGUCCACGCCUGCGUGAUCAUUCACUGCUGUUCUCACCUCGGAGGGAAAAGUCGACGGCGACUUAGCGAAGUCUUAUCGGGACAUGUCUAGUUGGACACACCCGGAUUCGAUCGAGCGAUCGACAACAGGAAGAGAAAAGGAAAGAGAGACAGAAAGAAAGAAAGAAAGAAAGAUAGGAGGGGUUGGAAACCCGCGCGCAUGAAAUGAAAAAUCAAUCGACCGGGUUUUACGAAUGUGACGAAAUCGGUGCCGAUGAAACGUCCUUUCCCUACAGCGCAUACAGAAAAGUUUUAAGUAACAAAACACACAUUUGUUCUCUCUUUCUAAUUAUUCAUAUUGCCAUUUAUGUUUGAAAGAAUUGUAUUUUUAAGUAAACGGUUUUUAAAAUAA